AUGUCGCUGAAUCAAGUGUUAACGCGAAUUCCUUUACUGCUGUCAUACCCAGCAAUUCUAUUAUCAGCCAGUCUAAUUUCUACAUAUACAGAUGCAUCAGAUAAUGAUAAUUGUCUACAUUUGGCCCUGAGAGUUCUGUUGAUACCACUUGCUGCAUCAGCCAUUGUUGUAUUGAUUACCCAGCAAGUGAUGAAGUCUUUCACAAAAUAUAGUGCUGUCAUAUUCCUAAUAUCUCUCACAAAUGCAUUACUUACUGAAUUUAUGGGACCAGUUCAAGCUUCUGUAUUAUCUGUCACUUUCUUACAGUUAUUUUCUGCGUCAUCGGUUAAGUUUCAGUACUACAUUCCUCUUCCAGCAUUGAGUCUAUCGUUGAACUACUUUGAAAGCACUUCAUAUAUUCCCACAGUUAUAUCAUAUGCGGUACUUAUUGUACUUUUACUUUGGCAAAAGAAGGUUGGAAUGAAGAUCACUUCCUAUUUGAAUGAGGUAAAAGUGCAAAAGUACUUCUUCUCAGUUUUAACUAUUACGUUGCUUUUUGGUAUAGGUGCACUUGUAAGCUUUGUUCCUACUGUUAAGAUAAAUUACUCUAUGGUUCUGGUCUUUAUUGGUUGUAGCAUUGUUACAUUGUUUAGUUUUGAAGAUAUCACACAGGACAUUCUUGCUAUAAACAAGAAGGCUACAAUUGCGCAUGAAGUAUGGAAGCUACCGUAUACACCUUCAAUAAUUGGAACUAUGUCAGUAAUGUUGCGAUUUUUGUCAUCAAAUGUAUUAUCAUCAAGUUACAAGGGGGCUUUAACGCUCAUUUUGUUCAUUUCUAUGAGUGGAAUAUUGCCAAGCAUCGUUGAUCAAGGUGCUCCACAUACGGUUGUAGGCUACGAAAACGUUGAUAGGCAUUGCGAUGAUGUCAGCCAUCAUUCACAUUCGCAUUCUCAUUCACACGUUAAUGGCAAAAAUGAUGAUGGCGCUAACAGUACAGCAUCUAUUCUUAGGAAGCUGGCUGUUAGUAAAGAAAACCGGGCGAUAUUUUCCUUCUUACUACUUAACUUUGCGUUUAUGUUGGUGCAAUUACUGUACUCUUUCCGCUCAAAGUCACUUGGGUUACUUUCUGAUUCUUUGCAUAUGGCAUUGGAUUGUACAUCGUUGCUUUUAGGACUCCUGGCGAGUGUAUUAUCGAAGAAUCCUUCCACAGACAAAUUUCCUUUCGCAUUGACUUACUUAGAAACCCUUGCCGGUUUUACUAACGGGGUGUUGCUUCUUGGUAUUGUUUCGGGCAUCCUUGUUGAAGCAGUAGGAAGAAUAGUUCAUCCAAUAACCCUUCAUGGUACCAAUGAAUUGAUUGUAGUAUCAGUAAUGGGUCUGUUGGUUAACAUAGUUGGUCUUUUUGCCUGUGAUCAUACAGGACACGAUCACGACAACGAAAACUUAAAGGGCAUAUUUCUUCAUAUUCUGGCUGACACCCUAGGAUCUGUUGGUGUUAUAGUAUCAACUUUACUAACGAAAAUGUUUGGGUCGCAGGUAUUUGAUCCGCUAGCCUCGAUCUUCAUAGCAUUAAUGAUCCUCUUAAGUUCAAUACCGUUACUCAAAUCAACUACAAAUGGGAUAUUGUUAAAAAUGAAUGAUAAAAAUCAUGCACUAGUCAAGGAAGCAUUAACGCAGAUAGCCUCUACUCCUGGUAUUGCUGGUUAUUCAACACCCAGGUUUUGGCCAGCUACAGCGAGUUCUGGAGGCUGUCAUUCGCAUUCGCAUGUAAACACAAAUAUGCUUGACCAUGGACAUGAGCACACACACGCAGACGAAAACGAACAUAAACACGAACACGAACUUGAUCAUGAGCUUGAACACAGCCACAAUCAUAACAAUUCUCACUCAUGCACCGAAAAAGGUACCGUUUCAUCUUCCAAGACAUCGGCAGCCAGGAAGUUGAUUGGGUAUAUCCAUAUUCAACAUACCGAUGGUGAAAACUCAACAAUUAUCAAGAAACGCGUGGAAAAGAUAUUUGAUAAUUUGGGUAUAACGGCAUGGAUUCAGGUUGAACCUAAUGAAUCUAAAUGUUGGUGCCGUGCAACGUCAUUUCAGCAUCAAGCCGCAGCGCAUUAA